CCAGCUCUAGUUUUCAGCACCGAAGACCAGCAAAUCCUCAAGAGAAACCAUGACCAAGCUCAGCCUGUGCCUCCUGCUCGUCGUCCUGGCGGUCGCCGCCACCCAGGCGGACGAUGACCGGCGCCCCUGCCUCGGCCGGUGCACGGGCCUCUCCUCCGGGAAGAGCGUGUGCAUCCGCAACAAGGUGACCAACGUGUGCACCCGCCUGCCGGCCUGCCGCCUGAGGGAGAAGAACUGCCGCCGCCGGGACAGUGGCCUGGAGCCCAUCCGGGAGACCUGCAUCACCCGCUGCCGCAACAUCCCCGGCACCAGCGGCGUGGGCCAGUGCGCCUCCAAGCUGCGUCAGAGGCCCCUGAGCCAGGGCAAGCGCACCCGGGAGUGCCAGAGGAGGCCGUGCCUCGACGACAAGCAGGCCAGCUGCUGGAGGGACCAGCAGGGCGCCUGCAUCCUGCAGACCCGCUGCGAGGCCCAGCGGAGGAACUGCGUCCGCGACCAGCUCAACCAGUGGGUCCGGGCCAGCCAGUGGAGCUGCCAGGGCAACGUCGUGGGAGGAGGCAUCCGCCGCUGCCGCAAGAGGCCCAUCAUCAUCAAGGACUGAGGUUGCCCCGUGAGGAGCACCCCCUCUGCGGACCCCCAAUGGAAUCCCGGCGUCGACCCCUGCUUAGCCUUAGUUUUUUUUACCCCCUCCCUCUGCCUUAGGUGGACCCACACAAAUAUGGACUUUCUUAAAGCCUUGAUGUGAACUUGUUUCCGCCUGAAUAAAAUCGUAAUAACCAUA